UUGCCUGAUGAGGAAGGGGAGAACCUAUUGGUACGGAAUCCGGCCGUCGAAGGAACGGAAUGGCUAGUCUUGGCCCCCCGCGUAGGACACAUGUAGGCCGGCCGAAGAGGCGCGGAUUCCCACGGUGUGCGUGCCGUUCGUUUUACGUAUUUGAUUGCCAACUUUCCCUCGCUAGCCCUCUGCGACUGCUUAAGACGUAGGCACUAUAUACUAAGUGGCAUAUCGCAUAUCGUCAUACCAACCUUUGUCGCCCUUGCUAUAUCGUGACUACCACCACGUGCUAGUUCACCAUACUAACUUACGUAGCUUCACUGCUUCUUUGUUUUUGGAGCGACCUGGUGCCUGUGGUGUCCCACCUAGCUACCUGUCUAGGUAACUAUAUCUCAAUGGAUCCUUGAACCAGAACUCAGGCCCUCACUUAUUUCUUUGUCCUCUGUUACUGGGCUAUUUACGUGUCAGUCAUAUGUCAGCUUUCUGAAUACAAGAAUCGCCACCUUGUUUCAUCACGCAACGCUUCUCUUCCCACUACAAUGGGUUCACUAGCAGCAGGCGGGAAAUACCCCGAUGCGUCGGACGACACGCUCGUCCUCACGCACCCAACCCCAUCUGAACAGGAGCAGACCUGGCGGCUGAACCACGGCGAGUGGGGUGGCCCUCUUGAUCUAGAGGCGUAUCUGAAGCGAGAGCCGUUCCUCACGUCGACGGCGCUGGCAGCUAACGGUGGCAUGGUGCAUUGGAUCCUUACGGAGACGGCAUCGACAGAUGAGUUCCGCAAUGUCCUAGCGUCCUGCGAAACGAUUCGCAAACGCGUGCUCUACGCACCACCGCCACAAUGCAGCAACAGCAGCGGUGACGGAUCAGGCCUAGUCAGGGAGGGCCUCGCCUACGGCAUCGGCAGCGUCUACACGUACCCUGAGUUCCGCGGAAAGAAAUACGCCGCGCGCAUGCUGCGAGAGCUCGGGGUUGUGUUAAAGACCUGGCCUGAGGAGGAGCAGAAGCUGGCCGAUUGCUUGCACGCGCAUUCUAAUGGAGUAUCGAAACGUGCUAAACUGGAAGCGAAGGAGGCGGUGUGCUCCGCACUGUGGUCGGAUAUUGGGAAGCGCUUCUACGCCGAGAAGGGAUGGCCCGCGUACGACAGCAUACAUGUGGAGUUCCUGGCUUUGCUGGAGCCGUUAGGUGGCGUCUCGUCGCUGCUUGAAAGAUCGAGCUCGCCGCCCGGAACUGGGUUGACGCUGGCCCCUAUCACCAAGAAUAAUAUCGCGCAACUCUGCCAGAAGGAUGAGGUACAGCUACGCGGCGAACUUCUUACGCACGCGCGCAAGACAGGGCGUACCGCUUUUGCAUUCGCUCCCGAUGCUGAUGUCUUCCGCUGGCAUUGGGCACGCGAGGAGUUCAUCGUGCCACGUGCUAUGCCCGGGCGUGAGGCGAGUGAAGUCCGAGGCUUGAUAGCCACCGUGGCGACGGACGGAGAAGACACAUACGACACAAGAGCAGAGGCGGAGAAGGCAAACAAAGCACGCAUAUGGGCAAUCUGGACGCGCAACUACGGCAGUGAUGCAGCAACCAACGCGGCAAAGAACACCCUGUACAUCCUGCGUCUCGUAAUCGACACCAAUGACACAUCGUCUGACCCCAAGGCCCUACAGCUCGCUUUCGACGCGAUAUUGAGUGGUGCCAUGGAUGCUGCACGCUCAUGGAAUUGCGGCACAGUGCAUCUAUGGAAUCCGACGCCCGUGGUGAAAGACCUAAUAGCUGCGUCCGGGGUUGCGCACAGGUUCGUGGACCGCCAGAUGGACAGCAUCCCCAGCAUGAGGUGGUAUGCAUCAGACGAAUCGGGGGAGAAAGUGACAGAGGACGCGGUCGACUGGAUCGCCAACGAGAAAUAUUGCUGGUGCUGAAUGCAUACAUACAUACAUCCAUACGCAUAUAUGCCUACCUGCAUAGGAUAGAAAGGAUAGACGGAUGCCUACGAAUGCGAGAAUGCGAGCCCCAAAGAAAGAC